AUGGAUCCAAAAGGGAUGAGGAAAGUUUUAAAUACAGACAAAGACAAUGCAAACCACUCUGGAUGGCAUCUCUGGCCCUCAAAUCCACCUAUAGGGCAUCGACUUCGAAUCGACAAAGAAGGGAAAAAGAGCAGUGGUCCGUUCGGAUUCUCUUUCACGAUGGAGUUCUGGUUCCGGCAGUCGCUGAAGCUGAUGUUCAAAAUGGUAGACCAAAGCAGGAUUCAGAUUCUUACUCUACUUAAGAUCCAUACUCUGCCACUAGCGAAGGAUGAGGCCGACCUGAGAAAAUAG